AUGUCCUUCUUACACUAUUCAAAGCUUCCACUGCCUCCCGCAAACUACGACAAUAACAGUAAUGUUAUCUGUAAACCAUGGCAAUUACCAAGUCUUUUUGAAAAGUCGCUUAGUCUUCAGGAUCACACUUCAGAUCGCGCCUACAGACACAUUGCUUUUGAGCCAAAGAACAAGAUUGCUUAUAGUAAGACGAUGCACUUGAAGCAUGAACUGGAAAGAGUCCACGGUGAUGUCAAGGCCGUUCAUUGCAAUGUAGGCACUAACAAUGCAACUGUGAUUUCUUUUUUCAACAUCUUGGACGCCAAACACAGCUACGACGACUUGAAGCACAAGUUGAGUGCCUAUUACAAGGUCUAUUUCGUCAAGCCUGCCUUCAUCAACAACAGCACUGACUCUAACAGCGCUGAGAAGAUGUUUGUGGUUUUUAGCAGCAUUAAUAGUAGUGUAGACUUACUUGAUUACGAUUACAUGAAGCAUAUUUUACGCUUUGGCUCCAUUUAUUCCAUCUCUGAAGCUCGCAUCUCUCGUUCUUGUAUUCUCCUCAAUUUGGAAUACCACGAUGAACGACAUGGUGAGGCAUUGAGGGCCAAUUUGAACUGCUCAUUCAUCGAGGGUGCACAGAUCAUGGUUUACAGUGCUACAUACGAUGACGAAAUAGCAUGUGCCUAUCAAGGCAUCACUGCCUGUGGUAAGGUUUGUCCUCCCGCGUUGAGCAUUGACUUCAACAAGCCCAUAAGCCAUGCUGCCGCUCCUCCUCCACCGCCGCUAACUGCUGCACAAAAGAUCAUGGUCGCCACCCCCUUACCAAGCCCUGUGGCUGAAGGUGAGUCUUAUUUUGCUGUGGACCCUUAUUCGGCACCCCAGUACCAUCCUGUGUCCAGCCUACCACCAUCUCCUGUGGCAUUACAACAUAAAGACACUGCUCAUCCAAAGAUCACCGCUGCUGUUAUUGAGACUUCACCUUCUUCAUCCAGCAAUACAGCAUGUGGCACUUGUCUUGGUAAGCAAGAUGAAAAUGUAAGCUACGCAGCUGCUGUUCAAAGCACUCCUCUUUUUACAAAUACCAGCACCACGCCUGAUUCAUCUCUCUCCAACCCCAUACCAUCGCCUUCAUCUACUCGUUCUGUUGAGAAAGUUGCUCAACAGAAAAAAUUAGAGAAGAAAGUGCCAACACCUUCAUCUCGUAACAACUCACGUAGAAAACGACCUCCACCAAGCACUAAAAAAGCUACCAGUAAUUCUGUAGAUCUCGAUAGAAUUGGAUCAGGACAGGAUACACGCACUACUUUUAUGAUUAGAAACAUUCCCAACAAAUACACUCAGCAAAUGUUGAUUGAUUACGUCAAUACGACACAUGAAAGAAAAUACGACUUUUUGUACUUGCGUAUUGACUUUCAAAACAAAUGCAAUGUCGGAUAUGCUUUUAUCAAUUUCAUUGAUCCCAAGAAGCUAUUCAAAUCUGACAAGAAAUGUGAUUUAUCCUAUGCAAAUAUUCAAGGUAAACAGGCAUUGAUUAAGAAAUUUCAGAAUUCCCAAGUGUUGAGUGAGGAUAUCGCCUAUCAGCCAAAGUUGUUCUACUCAAGUGGCCCUCGAGCAGGCCAAGAGCAACCAUGGCCUAAUAGCAACAACAGCAGCAGCUCAUCCCACCCACCCGCUAAAAUCCAUUCAAAGGACGAUAUUGCCAAGCACAACGUCAGUGCCGACAAUAACACCAUCUAA